CUCCCCAUUUUUUGAAAUUGAAAAACCCAAAAACAAAAAGUAUCAUCUGACAAUUACCAACCCUCCCCUCCGUCUCCCUCUUCUUUUUAUUAAUUUAUUAUAAAAAAAACUCUCCAAAAAAGGGAAAAACAGAAAAAAAAAAGAAGAAGAAAUGAAGAAGAAAACAACAAUGGGAUCGAUCACGAUUAGAGAGAGAGAGACUGUUCUUCGUUGUUGCUUUGUUCCUCGAUUCUCCUUUUCGCCGAAUCUAAUUUCUGAUGCUUUACUCUUUUUUGUUUUUAUUACUGCUAAUGCUACUACUACUACUAUUGUUGUUAUUAUUAAUAUUAUUUAUAUUUUCCUCAACAAUCUUUCAUUAUUAUUUUCAUCCGCGACACGACUAACGCUAUUAUCUUAUUCAUUCAUUAUUAUUAUUUGGAAUUGUUAUUCCCCAAAUAUCACCGCACAUCUCAAUCACACACACACCAAUACAACAUGGAUUGUUGGAGAGAGAAACUUUUGUACGAUACGAUACGCUUUUCUUUUAAAGAGAGAAUGACUUUGCAGUUGUAAUGUUUGAUUUAAUUAUUUUUUUUCAUUUAUCUUUUUGUCAAAUCUACACCACUUUCAAUCCCUAGUUUUAGAGAGCGAAUCUGCCUGUUUUCUUCUUCUUCGUGGGGAUUUUAUUUUUUUUUCUAUAAAAAUUCGGUGAUUUUCUUGAUUUUGAAGCUCUUUGAUGAUCUCAUUUUCAGUGUUUGAGAGAGUGAGAAACUCAAUUUCAGCUUUGUUGUUGAAUUUUUAGGGAUUUUUUACUUUGAUCUCGAGAAAUGGAGAGUGGCGGUGUUAGUGGCGGCGGAGGUAGUUCGGAAGGAGAGAAGAAGAAGCCACCGGAAGGAGAAACAAAAGUCAAGCGGAAAAUGAAGACGGCUUCUCAGCUUGAAAUUCUAGAGAAAACAUAUGCCAUGGAAAUGUACCCGUCAGAAGCUACACGGGCGGAAUUAUCGGUGCAAUUGGGGCUUUCGGAUAGGCAGUUACAGAUGUGGUUCUGCCACCGCCGGCUCAAGGAUAGGAAGGCGCCGCCGGUGAAGCGGCGGAGGAAGGAUUCUUCGUUGCCAGUUCAUGUCGUUGGAGCAGCAGGAGAGGAAAUGGGAGGUGGUGAGGCGGGAAAUGAGCGUGGAUCAGAUGUGUCCAGUUUGUUCGGGCAUGGGCUGGACCUGAGAAGGGCGGUUCCAAGACCCGGAAUGGCUGUUCCAAGGUACUACGAGAUGCCUCACUCGAUGGCGGAGCUGGAGCUUCGGGCUAUAACAUUUGUGGAAUUACAGCUGGGUGAGCCUAUAAGGGAUGACGGUCCUAUGCUUGGGAUGGAGUUUGAUCCUUUGCCACCUGGUGCAUUUGGCGCGCCAAUAGGAGCAUCAACAGCAGUGCAGCAGAAACAAUCAGGACAGCCUUUUGAGACCAAAAUAUAUGAGCGACUUGAUACAAAAGCAGUCAAGGGUUCUGUGAGGGCAGUUCAUGAAUAUCAGUUUCUUCCAGAGCAGCCAUCCGUUAGAACUGAAACAUAUGAAAGAGUUGCCCCAUCCUACCACUAUGGUUCACCUACCGAUGGUCCACAUGCCAGGGCCUCAUCAUUAUCUACUGGCUGUUCAUUUGUGCAUGGGAAUGAAAAAGUACCUUCUGGAUAUGGUUUUCCAGGUCAGAUGCCUAAUCUGAAUCUUUUGCCUCAGCAAAGCAGGCAAGGGCACCUUUUACCUACUGCUUCAGGAGAGUAUGAUAAUUGUUCACGAAAGAACUCUUUAACAAAUACUACUGUUGAUGCUAUUAUUGGUGCUCACCCAAUUUCUGCACUGGAAAGCCCAUUUGUAUCAUCUGACAGGAGGGUCAAUCUUGAUGAGGAUGCUUUGCGAAUGGAGAGGAAGCGCAAGAGUGAAGAGGCAAGAAUAGCACGAGAAGUUGAAGCCCAUGAGAAAAGGAUUCGAAAGGAGCUUGAAAAACAGGAUAUAUUGAGGCGAAAGCGAGAAGAGCAAAUAAGAAAAGAAAUGGAGAGACAUGACCGUGAAAGGCGGAAGGAAGAGGAGAGGCUACUACGUGAAAAGCAAAGGGAGGAGGAGAGAUACCAGAGAGAGCAGAGGCGUGAACUAGAGCGUAGGGAGAAGUUCUUGAUGAAGGAAUCUAUUAGAGUCGAGAGAAUGCGGCAAAAGGAAGAACUGCGUAAAGAAAAGGAGGCAGCAAGGCUUAAAGCUGCUAAUGAGAGAGCUAUUGCUCGUAAACUUGCUAAAGAAUCAAUGGAACUGAUUGAGGAUGAACGCUUGGAACUCAUGGAAUUAGCUUCAUCAAGCAAAGGGCUAUCUUCAACACUGUCACUUGACUUUGAAAUCUUGCAAAAUCUUGAUAUAUUUAGAGAUAAGCUGUGUGUGUUCCCCCCGAAAGGAGUGCAAUUGAAGAGACCCUUCUCAAUUCAACCAUGGAACAGUUCUGAGGAGAAUAUUGGGAACCUUCUCAUGGUCUGGAGGUUCUUAAUUACCUUUGCAGACGUUCUUGGACUUUGGCCUUUUACGCUGGAUGAGCUUGUACAAGCUUUCCAUGAUUAUGAUCCAAGAUUGCUGGGUGAGAUACAUGUUGCUCUUCUGAGAUCUAUUAUCAAAGAUAUUGAGGAUGUUGCACGAACACCUUCCACUGGGCUGGGAGCAAGUCAAAAUAGUGCUGCUAAUCCUGGAGGUGGGCAUCUGCAGAUUGUUGAAGGGGCAUAUGCUUGGGGUUUUGAUAUACGCAGCUGGCAGGGCCAUUUAAAUAUGUUGACAUGGCCUGAAAUUUUGCGGCAAUUUGCUCUGUCUGCUGGAUUUGGGCCACAGUUGAAAAAAAGAAAUAUCGAACAGGCAUAUCUUCGAGAUGAAAAUGAGGGUAAUGAUGGUGAAGACAUAAUUUCUAAUUUGCGAAAUGGGGCAGCUGCUGAAAAUGCUGUUGCUAUAAUGCAAGAAAGGGGUUUCUCUAAUCCACGUAAAUCUAGGCAUCGCUUGACACCUGGAACUGUUAAAUUUGCAGCAUUUCAUGUUCUCUCUCUUGAGGAUAGCGAAGGCCUGACAAUAUUGGAAGUUGCAGAGAAGAUCCAGAAAUCUGGACUGAGGGAUCUUACAACAAGCAAGACCCCAGAAGCUUCUAUUGCUGCUGCUUUAUCAAGGGAUACAAAACUCUUUGAGAGAACAGCUCCUUCAACAUACUGUGUGCGUUCUCCAUAUCGGAAGGACCCAGCUGAUGCUGAGGCAAUUCUUUCUGCAGCCAGGGAAAGAAUCCGAGUAUUGAAAAGUGGAUUUGUAGGAGAAGAUGCUGAGGGUGCUGAGAGAGAUGAAGAUUCUGAAAGUGAUAUAGCAGAGGAUCUUGAGGUUGAUGAUUUGGGUGCUGAAAUAAAUCCAAAGAAAGAGAUGCUCAAUUCUGAGGGAAGUAGCAGUUGUAAUGCGAAAACUAUCUUGGGAAAUGAAAAGGAGAUUUGUGAGAUUCUGGAAACCCCGCAAGGUGAAGUUAGGAAUGUAUGUAAGGCUUUGUCCUCAUCAACUGCUGGAGGUAUUGAUGAGGUAAAAGAUAUCGAUGCCCCUGUUGAGCAAUCAAUGGACGCUACUGGAAUUCCUAAUGGUGCUGCCAAUGCUGGUCUUGAAGACACGGAAAUUGAUGAAAGCAAGCUUGGUGAACCAUGGGUUCAAGGACUUAUGGAAGGGGAUUACUCUGAUCUAAGUGUUGAGGAGCGCCUUAAUGCACUUAUUGCUUUGAUUUCCAUGGCAAUUGAAGGAAACUCUAUUCGUGUUGUUCUUGAGGAACGCCUAGAGGCAGCAAAUGCUUUAAAGAAGCAAAUGUGGGCUGAGGCACAACUGGAUAAACGGCGCAUGAAAGAAGAGUUUGGAUUGAGGACAAAUUUUUCAGCACAUAUGGGGAAUAAGAUGGAGCCUAGCCUUAUGAUGUCCUCAGCUGAAUGUAGGCAAAGCCCACAGAUCAUUGGUGAUAGAAAACAUAAUGAAUCAUCUGUUGAUCUUGUUGUGCAGCAAGAAUGCUUAAACAAUCCACAAAAUGAUCAGAAUUAUCUAAACAAUGUGCCUUCUGAAGGGAACCUGCCAAUACAAGAUUUCUCUGUUGGACCAGAUAAUCUCCAAUAUCCACUACCAGGAUGUGCAGCUGAAAGAUCACGUUCACAGCUAAAAUCUUACAUUGGUCACAAGGCAGAAGAGAUGUAUGUAUAUAGAUCAUUGCCUCUUGGUCAAGAUCGUAGACGCAAUCGAUACUGGCGGUUUAUUACUUCUGCGUCUGGGAAUGAUCCUGGCUGUGGCAGGAUCUUUGUUGAGUUACUUGAUGGUCGUUGGAGACUCAUUGAUACUGAAGAGGGUUUUGAUACUCUAUUGUCCUCUUUGGAUGUGCGUGGGGUUAGGGAAUCCCACUUGCAUGCAAUGUUGCAGAAGAUUGAGAUGUCCUUUAAGGAAGCUGUUAGGAGGAAUAAGCUGCACGUCAAUAUGGAGAGGCAGAGUGGAGACACCAUUAAGAAAGAAGCUAAUGAAAUGGCUUCAGGCCCUGAUUGGAAUGUCUCUUUUGAAAGUCCUAGUAGUACUGUAAGUGGAUCUGAUUCUGAUAUGUCGGAGACAUCAAUAUCUUUCUCAAUUGAGCUUGGCAGGAAUGAAAUAGAGAAAUAUGAUGCCCUGAAGAGAUAUCGAGAUUUUGAGAAGUGGAUGUGGAAAGAGUGUUUUAGUUUGUCGUCAUUUUGUGCCACAAAGUAUGGGAAGAGAAGGUGCAAGCAGCUGCUGGGUGUGUGUGAUUCCUGCUUCAAUAUUUAUUUUUUUGAAGAUAAUCACUGCCCUUCUUGCCAUAGGACCUAUGUUGCCUCUCGAGUCACGUUAAAUUUUUCUGAACAUGUGGCUCAGUGUGCAAAGAAACUGCAAUUGGGUCCUGGGUUUGCUUUGGAUGGUCUAGUCAUUUCUCCUCUGAGAAUAAGAUUAAUUAAACUUCAGUUAGCUUUGGCUGAGGUUUCUAUUCCAUUUGAAGCUCUUCAAUCUGCUUGGACUGAGGGCUAUCGAAAUUUGUGGGGUAUGAAGCUGUACUCCUCAGCAACAGCAGAAGAGCUUCUUCAGGUUCUGACACUGCUGGAAAGUUCCAUCAGGAGGGAUUGUUUGUCCUCAAAGUUUGAGACUACGGGUGAAUUGUUGUUUCCAUCUAUUCUGUCAGGAGGUGUUGGUGAUAAUUCUACCAAUCUUGAAACAGUCCCUGUACUUCCAUGGAUUCCAAAAACAACAGCUGCCGUGGCUCUGAGGCUUAUUGAAUUUGAUGCAGCUAUCUCUUACACUCUUAAACAGAGGGCAGAGACUCACAAGGGAGCUGGGGAAUGUACGCUUCCUUCAAAAUAUGCUGUUGUGAAGAACAAUCAAGAUCAUGAGAGAAUGCAAACCACGAACCGAGUUGAAUAUCUACAAGAAGCAAGCUGGGCUGAUGUAGGGAUAGGAGGGAUAGGAUUUUCUGGUUCUGGCCGUGGACGAGGUCGUGGAAGGGGCCGCGGUGUGACACGUGGUGGAAGAUCUCAGAGAAGGCCUACUGGUUCAAGAUCUGAAUUCAGCAAGAGAAUUACGACCACCGACAAUGAGAGAUUAGGGCCAGUACUGGGAUGGAAAUCUCGAUCACGUGGCCGGGGUGGGCGUAAGCGUGGUCGUCGUAGCGCCAGGAGUAGGCCAAAACCAGCAAAGAAAAUGGUUGAGAUUGCUGGUGAAAGCGAGAACCCCGAGGAAAUCAUGGAGAAAUCAUCUAGAAAUUUGGCGACAAAUACCUGGAAUGGAGACGAAGUAACUAGGUUACAAGUGAGGACUGCUGAUAACGCUAGCAGCUCUGAAAGAUCUGAAUACAAUGACGAAAAUGGUCAAGCAACAGGAGAUGAAUUUGAUUAUCUGGCAGGCGAAGACUAUGCAGGCAGUUUCAAUGGCAAAGCUGAUGAUGUGAUGGAGGGAAGUGAGUACAAUAUAGAUGGUGAUGAAGGUGAUGAAGAUGAUAAUGGUGAAGAGCGAGAUGACAUUGCAGAAGAGGAGCAAGGGAAUUUUAUUGUUGGAGGGUACAUAAAUGAGAAUUCAGAUGAGGAGGAAAUCAGGGAUGGAGAUGAUCCGGAGGACUCAGACCCAUAUGUAAAGCAAUACGGAUAUUCAACCGAAGCAUCUUCAGAUUUCAGUGAGUGAAGGCCUUGCUGCAAAUGCUGAGAGGACUUGUUCGAUGGCGCAUCACUCGCUGUAUUUAAACUGUAGUUUUAAUGGAGGAUUGGUAACUGUGUAAAGCACCUCCGCAAUACUAGAAAUAUAAUAUAAAUGAAUGGCUUUUAAAUUAUCUUGUUA